AUGAAGACUGCAAUUGUGUUGGCUCUCCUAGUUGUUGGUGUCGCCUCUCAACAAGAGCCUCAGGUUUUGGAUAUAUCUGCUCCUGAGACCCUCGUAAGUGAAACGAAGCCAAAAACUGAAGGGCCCUGUACGACACGAAAGAUGUCGAACUUAUGCCAAAACUGCAUAAGUAGACACGACUCCCGGGAUUUUCGGCUCGACCCGGGGCCAUGUCUAGCCAUAAAGGGCGUGCGAGAUGAUUAACUUGGCUUUUGAGGAGUACUCGACAAGGGAAGUACCCCAAGUGCGACGCUCAGAGUCGGACACAGACUUGUUUUAUUGCGGAAGCAUUACCCUCACAAUCAGCAGUAGAAAUAGGUAUACUUUCACUUUUCGUGCCGAAAUUCGGCAAAAAGUUUCCAAUUCUCGCCGACUUUCGAUCCAAAAAAAUUUCGGUUGUUUCUGCAGAGCGCGAGCUAGAAUUCUCGCAUAUACUUUGGAAAAAGUUAAUCGAAAUUUGUGCCAAGUUAUAUCAAAAUGUGAACGUCGCACUUGUGGUACCGCAAACAACAUAUGGAUUUGCUUACGAAGUUGCAAUUUUUACUAGCCGAAUUGUGGCCUAUGCAGAAUCCUUUCCCAAAAUUUGAAGAAGAUAUGAGACUUGUAUCCCCUUUCAACUCUCUUUUCCUUCAGGCAAUAGCGAAUGAUUUGACGCGGCAAUACGCAGAAAAAAUUAACGCUCCGGGAAGCAUUCGAUUGAACCGAGUGGAGGACGGGACCGUGUUGGGAAGAGGAACCCGAGUCGAACAGUACAUGAUCAGAGCCAUCGUGACAACCAUGCACGGAUCACAGUCAUUCUGCACGCGGUUCGAUGCCCUUCGCACUGACGGAAUCCUGACUUUGUACAAGUGGAAUAUGUGUUAG